CGCAAUGUUUGAUAACAAGAAGCACUUCACCACUGCCAUUGUCGGGGUGCUGGUUGCAUUCUCCAUCAUUGCCCUUGUUCUCAGCCUGGUGAAGAUUGAAGAUGUCACCCUGCCACCCAUGGUCAAGUAUGGGAUGGUGUUUGAUGCGGGCUCAUCCCACACUUCUCUGUUUGUCUACGAGUGGGAUUCAGACAAGGAGAAUGACACUGGUGUGGUCAGCCAGACCUUGUCCUGUGAUGUCCAGGGGCUAGGCAUAUCGAGCUAUGCCAACGAUCCCCCGAAAGCUGGUGAUUCCCUAAGAGAAUGCCUGGAUAAAGCCCUGAAGGUCAUUCCUGCUGCAAAACAGAGGGAUGCCCCAGCUUAUCUCGGAGCAACAGCAGGCAUGAGGCUACUGAGGGAACAGAACAGCUCAGCCGCAGACCACAUCUUGGCCACAGUUGCUAAAACCAUGCGACAGUACCCCGUGGCUUUCAAAGGGGCUCGAAUCCUUACAGGAGAGGAGGAGGGGGCUUACGGCUGGAUCACCAUCAACUACCUGCUGGACUCCUUCACAAAGUACUCCCCCAAAACACACACGUGGGUUCGUCCAGAGGCAGCCAACAUUUUUGGGGCACUGGAUCUUGGAGGAGCAUCCACUCAAAUCAGCUUUAUGCCUGAAGGUUCAGUGACAAACUGGAAUGAAGCAUCUGAGUUCAUGCUGUACGGGUUUAACUACAACAUCUACACACACAGCUACCUCUGCUACGGGCAGAACGAGAUGCUGAAGCGACUGGCAAAGGAAUUAAUUGCGGAGUCGUCCUCCAGCAUGCAAGUCGAUCACCCUUGCUACCCGAAAGACUACAAUGAAACCGUCUUGCUGUCUUCCUUCCGCACCAGCCCCUGCACGAACCGGAGCGACCCACGCCUGACCCUUGACAACAAGAACGUGACCCUGGAGGGCAGGGGUGAUGCCAGCGGGUGCCUGGCUGCCGUCAGGAAGCUGUUCAACUUCUCGGCAUGCGGCCAGAGCCAGGACUGCACCUUCGAUGGCGUCUACCAGCCCCCGGUCCGCGGGCAGUUCAUUGCCUUCUCUGCCUUCUACUAUAACUUCAAGUUUCUCAACCUGACCGAGGGGCAGUCACUGGCCACUGUCAGGGAGAACAUCAAGGAUUUCUGCACAAGAAGCUGGGAAGAUCUGUCUUCAAGCUACCCUGAAGAGAAUCCUGAGCGACUGCCUAAGUACUGCGCCAACGCCAACUACAUCCUCACACUCCUCCUCGAUGCCUACAAGUUCAACGAGACCAGCUGGAACAACAUAUUCUUCCAGAUGAAGGCGGGGAGUGCCGACGUUGGCUGGACGCUGGGGUACAUGCUGAACCUCACCAACAUGAUCCCGGCAGAGGCUCCGGCACAGCUGAAAGGGCAUGUUCCUUCCCUGUGGGCUGUGGCCAUCGCCUUCAUCAUCCUCACCCUUGCCUUGGGACUUGCUGCCCUGCUCCUGCUCUCGUGGGUGUAGGAGCCUGGCUGCAUUUCGGAGCGCAGCAGGAGCACAUUGGGGCUGGAGGGCUGUCUGGAUUGCUGUCCCCUGCACUUCUGCCAGCAGCACUGGCAGCCUGAGACCGGUUCAACAAUGCUGAGCACGUUAACCUCUACAGCACUGAAGAACCAAGGGCUGGCCUCCCACGGGACUGUCCCCAACACGCAGAUAGGCACCAUGUGAGGUUUCCAGAGGAGCUCCACUCCUGUGGAGACCUGCUGGGAUCAGCCUACACACCACAGAAACCCCAGACAUGCCUAUCUGCCUCCUUACACCACUAUGCCUAUUACAGAUCAGGCCUCCAUCUCACCGGUUGGCAUGUGGGGCUGUGGAGAGCCAACCUGGCUGUGGAAGAGCUCCCUGAGUGCCAGACUGUUAGUGCACGGCCACAGAUACUUGGUGACAGGGUGCUUCAUGCAAUGCUGGGUCUGACCAUAGUCACCAACAGCCAUGCAGGUCCCUGCCAGGUCAGCCAGUGCGAGGGCAUGCAAGGCUCUGCAGUACCCCAGUGGGCUCUCCUGAUGGUGUAUCAUUUGGGCUUAUCUGAUGGUCUUGGAGCCAGAAGGCAAAUUGAGCAUCCAAAGCCAGAAGCAUGGUCCAUGUCUCCCUGGAGGGUCCAUCAUCUCAUCUCAUCUCAACUCAACUCAUCUCAUCAUCUUCCUUUUCUUCUGGGAUAAAAGGAUCAAUAUUCCUGUGUCUUCCUGGAGACAACAUUGUCCCACCAGCAGAAGGCCUGGAUGCCAUGGGUGUCAGACUCAGACUCCACCAAGAUGCAAGUCCUGCCCUGACCCUGCACACAUGGCUGAGCUGGGUCCUACCCAUGACUGCGCCCUUGCCUUUGCCUUUGGUUCAGCUCAUUUGUUACCUGCCCUGUGGAUGAUUCAUCUUGCUAUUUGCCUCCUGGCAGCAAGGAGCUGACCUUUGGUGUCUCUGCAGAAAGGCAGGCGUCUUGAAGCUUUCAUCAUCCAAAUAAACUGUGUAAAAGGCAGCAAAUGGUUGUUCCUAAACAGUUAUGAUGUCAUUGUUUCUGUCUCCCAGGUAAGGGCUGGUUGAUGAUGAUGGAAAUUGAGGGGAGAGUCAACAUCACUCAGUGCUACAGGAGAUGCCUCUGGAGACCUCACAGCAUCUGCCAGACCUCGGAGAGGAGCCAGCAGGGCACGAGGACAG